UAGGCGAGGGGUUCUGGUCAGGAUGGAUACUUAGAACUUUAAAAUUCCAAUUUGCCGCCUAGACCCGUGUAGCUGACGUUUACAUUGCUGAACGAAGUGAGCGGUCUUGCUAUUGCUUCAGCAGACCCUCUUAUCAAGUAUCUCCCUUUUGGCUUGGUCAGCCCAGCGGCAAGCCGACGGGACGUGGGGAGACUAACCUGAGGCUGAAGUAAUCUGAGGGAGAAAGAGGGGCACGCCAUGUUCCCCUUCUCGGGAUGGGGGCUGGGCUGCCUCCGGCUCUGUCUGCUCAGAGUGUCGGCCGGCGAGGCCACCGGGCGCUGGGCCUGUGGGACAUGUCAGCCCCGGCUGUACGGCUCAGGUGGGUCCCAGCCCGAGGUCUCUAGGUCUGACCCUGCGCGCAGGACUCUGAAGGAGUGGGCGCUGCUGGUGAGCCCUUUCGGACGGCUGCGGGCGCGGCUCCCAUGCCACCUGACCGUGAGGCCCCUUGACCCCCUCACCUACCCAGACGGCGACCGCGUGCUGGUCAGAGUGAGCGGAGUGGAGGGCGGGGCGCGGGCCCUGGCCGGCCUGCAGGUGAACUACGACGAGGGGCAGAAGGAGGUGACCAUCGUAGCUGAUGCCAUCGACCACCAGGCGUCCGUGGAAGUGAACGCGCCCCUGAAGUUUGAUUUGAAUAUCCAGUCAUCAGGGUCUGGCUGUGUAAAGGUCCAAAAUAUUGAGUGUGAUAAUUGCAAAAUUGAAACUGAGCAGGGGACUAGCAUCUUACAGUCUGUUAAGAGUCAAAAAUUACAUGUUCAAACGACAGGAGGCAAAGUGAUCUGCCUGGGAACGGUUUAUGGAAAUAUAGAUAUCCAUGCAUCAGAUAAAAGUACUGUGACUGUAGAUAAACUACAGGGAAGUUCUGUUAAUAUAUCUACUGAAGAUGGUUUGCUGAAAGUCAAGUAUCUUUAUACAGAAUCAUCAUUUCUGUCUUCUGCUGCUGGGGAUAUUACAUUAGGAAGUAUUCAUGGUAAUAUAACAUUACGAAGCAAGAUGGGUAACAUCACAGUAGAUUCGUCUUCUGGAUGUCUAAAUGCCUUGGCUCAGCAGGGUGCCAUAGAUGUUUAUGUCAGCCAGCUGGGGAAAGUGGAAUUGAAAGUCCAUAAAGGCUCUAUUCUUGUCAAGGUUGCAUCUUCUCUUCAAGCUUAUUUACAGUUAUCAGGGAAAGAGAUUGAUGUGAACUCAGAUGUCCAUGUUGAAGAAAUGCAUGAAGCUCAUAGAGAUGAUGGUGUGAUAAUUACUGGAAAGUGCCAUAUCAAUUCCAGCCUUCACCAACCACCACCCUAAUCAGUCAGCAGCCAUCAUCAUCAAGACAAGACGCAGUACCAGCAAGAAGAUUAUUAAUUGCUAAAGGGUCAAAUAAUGGACAUUUUUUAGCAAUAUUUUUUACUUUACAAUUUACAGACUUUUAUUAUACUUAAAAGUAUAUCAAAUUUUAAAUUAUGAUUGUAAAUGGAUGCUAUGAGGAAGAUGUAUGCUUACCUCAUUCGUUACUAUGAAGCUCCUUAGCCCAUUUAAUUAUUUUUUGUGUUAUUAUAUCUUAUACUCUAGCCCCUGUUUCCUAAACCAGGAAGGACCAAAUUGCAGAACAAAGUUUAUUUUCUGCUCACAGCCCAAGAAUCAGAUUUCUUUUGGUGAGUGGCACAUGAUACACUGUGAGAUUGGGCCCCAAAUGGUUCUGUAAGUUGUCUCUGAUAUUAGAUUAAAUCCAUAAGAAUGGUAAUACAGAGAGAUUUCAGAUAAAUAUUUCAGCAGUCUUUUGUAGAGACAGCUGUAUGAACAAGUUAUUGGGUUUAGAGAAACCUUUAUGUUUCAUUUUGAUUUCAAAACUGGUGCUCAAAAGUCCACAGAUCUCAUUUAUGAACUGGAUGUAAUAAUUUAAGAAGAGGUCUUGAAAAUCAAAACAGAUUGUUUUUUCUGUAGAGAUUUCCAGUCUGAAACCCAACUUUGGAAGUAAUGAGCAGCUUUAUAUGUGAGUAGUUAUUAUAGGCAGCUGAGCUCAGCUCUUCUGGGCCUUCCUUACAGAGUCUGUGAGGCACAGAAACAGAAAUGCCCUCGCUGCUAAGAGGUCUGGAUUGUAUCUGUAGCAUGAUUUCUAUAAGAAACCAUGCCAGUAAACUUUAGUUCGUAGGGCUCAGGCUUCCCACAGGGUUAGCCUGUGUUAGCCUGUAACUUUAUUUGAUUUCCUGCUCCGUGGUAUCCCUUGUUGUUGCCAUCACUGAUAAGUAAAUGUAUGUUGUAUAAUUCUUAAAGUGAUGUAUAAAUAUGUGCUAUUCUAAGGUCAAAGGAAAUCCUGGAACUCUUAGGCUAAAACAUUUACCUACUAAAGAGUUAUGCACAAGUGUAUUAUUUGGGAUAUAUUCUCUAAUCCUUUUGAGAUCCUUGAUUCUAAAGUUUUGUGCUCUAACCAAAUAUGGUAGGGCUUCCCUGGUAUCUCAAAUGGUAAAGAAUCUGCCUGCACUGUGGGAGACCUCAGUUCAAUCCCUGGGUUGGGAAGAUACCCCUGGCAUGACAAGGGCAUGGCAACCCAGUCCAGUAUACUUGCCUGGAGGAUCCCCAUGGAUAGAGGAGCCUGGUGGGCUGCAGUCCACGGGGUCGCAAAGAGUCGGAGACGACUGAGCUACUAAGCAUAGCACAGCACGUAUAUGGUAAAUUGGAUAGGUGGUAAAUAGCUUAGGUUAGAUAUUUUUUGAAAUAAAUUGACUUCUCUAUUAGGUUUUAAACUGGAUUCACCAACUUAAAUUUGAAACCUCCCCACUGUAUAUCAAGCCAUUCUCUAAGACCAGAGGUGCAUGUGGUACAAAGUUCUUUUGUCUUAAAAGCGCCUCAAUUUAAAUGAUUAGAGAGUAUUAGAAAUAAAAUAUGUUGUCAGUUAAACAAUUGUUUGUUUGACAUUGUCUGCAUGGUAGGGAGAGUGGUAUUAAAUAUUACUGGUUUCACUUUAUUUUAGUCAAACUGUAAAUGUAAAGCAUGAUGAAAGUAAGUUCAUUUGGGAUCAAAAUAAACUACCAAGUCAGAAGAGAGUUCUCAGCUUGUUUGUAUGCUGGAAACUUACAUAUUUAAUGGUAUUGUGAUUUCUAUUGGAAAACUAGUUCAUUGGUUGGAAAAGAGGUUGAAAUGAGACUAAGACCGCAGGAUGCCACUUUUAAGAGCUAGAGACAAUAUUUUCUCUCCAAAUAAGAAAAAAAGUUUAGUCUUUUGAUAUGACUCAUAGGAAUAACUUUUUUUUAGAACACACAAGUUUUGGUUUUCUUCCAGUUUAUAGCAUUUAGAGAAAUAUUGAUUUGUCAGUCAUGUAGAUGUGCUUCAGGAUGACAAGGAAGAAAUUUGGUAACAUUGAAGAAUGCUAUAGGUUUAUGGCUGGUUGCUUAAAAAUACUUUGACAGAGUUAAUGUAGAAACUGCCUUCAGAUUAUUUGUGCUUUUAUGGUAUUUUGAUUCUCCAUUUUAUUAAAGUUUAAGAUCCUGGGAGUGUAAUAGAUAGACAUCAGCUUUGUUUGUUAAGGUGUACCAAAAAAGGAAGAUCAGGUUUUGUUUCUAUUCAUCUGCAAACUUUACCUGUUAAGGACAGAUUGUAAAUGUUAGAUUUUUCAGGCUACAUAUGGUUUCUGUUGUGUAUUCUCUUCUGUUUUUCAUAACCCUUUAAAAAUGUAGAAGUCAUUCUUAGCGCUUACAAAUAGGCCUCAGGCCAGAUUUGGCCUGUAGGCCAUAAUUUGCUGACUCUAGACUAGAGAUCAAAGUGCAGACCCCAGUCUUAGAGCAUGUGAACUCUGUGUGUGAUGCUUAGGUUUGUUUCUUUUUAAAUUGUUUUUGUUUUCAUAUUUAUUUUGGUCAUUCAAGAAAGACUGAACUGUAGCCAAAUCUUACCCUGAGGAAACUCUCCCCAGUAAUGAAGAAAAAAAGAUUUGUGCACAUAGAAGUAUAAUAAUGUAAAAUUUAAGAAACAGUACAGCCAUAGAAAAUUUAAGAUAGCAAGUAAAAACACAAAAACAUGUUCAAUAUCACUAGUCAGUCAUGAGAUAUGAAUUAAAACCAGAAUGAGAUGUUACUAUAUACCUAUUAGCAUGGCCAAAAUAAGAAAUACUGAUAAUAUCAAAUACUGGCAAGGAUGGGGAGAGAUUGGGUCUCUCCUGCAUUGCUGUUGGGUGUGUAAAAUAAUAUAGCCACUGAAUUAAGUCUGGCAUUUUGUUAAAAAAAAAAAAAAAGAAAACUAAGUGUGAAACUACCAUAUGAUCCAUAUGACAUUCCUGGGCUUUUACCUUGGAGAAAUGAAGCUUACUGUUUCACAUAAAAACCUGUACACAAGUAUUCAUAGCUUUAUUUGCAAUAGCCCAAAACUUGAAAUGACUAAAAUAUACUUCUACCAGUAAAUUGUCACACACACACUGUGUGAUAUGUCCAUACAAUGGAGUACUGUUCAAUAAUGAAAGAGAACGAUCUAUUAAUACAACUUUGCUAGAACCUGAAGGCAUUAUGCUGAGUGAAAAUAGCCAGACUAAAAUUGAAUUUCUAGAAAUGAAAGCUGCAUUAUCUGAGAUGAGAAAUACAGUUGGUGGAAUUAGACACAGAAUAAUAUUUCUUGGGCAAAACUGAUUAGUUGUAUACUUGCUCAAAGCCUAGUCUACUGUUGACUUUGUCAUUUUCCAUGAUAAUUGAGAGAAAAUACGAUGAUGGGCAGCAUUAAAACUAGCUCAGAAAUACUUUCUUGUUGAAAUUUGUUAAGAUGUCCUGGGUUGCACUUUUGUCAAGGGAAGCCUGUAUGUAAACAGUUUUAAGAAUGUUGACAACAUUAAAAUAUUUGGUUAUGUGCUUGUGUUUGGUAUUAGAGCUUUUGUUUGUGAAAUACAUAAAAUAAUAAGAUUUCAAAGUAAUUAUUUUCAUGCUUUUUCUUAAGUGUAUAAUUUAUUUUCCUAGCCAGCUGGUGAGCUUCUUGAGGAUUUUAGCAUGUCUCUUUACAUUGUUUAAACUUCCCUAAGAUACUUAGCAUGGUGCUUCCCACUUUGGGCGGUCAUUAGUGUUUAUAAUAUAAAAGAGGGAAUCUUCCAACUGUGAUGCACUGAAAUUUAAUUGGUUCCUAAUAAGACAGCACCAGAAUUAUCCCUCUGAACCCAAUGUAAGUAAACAAAGUCAGUUACAGGGUUUGGAGUGGGGAGUGGUGGGGUGGGUAGCAGGAAGAAGCUCACCUUAGCGAAGAUGCUUAAGCCUAUUUUUAAACAAGAGACAGAAAUAUUGCCAGUUACUCCUUACAGCCCUGUCUUUGUCCAUGGCUAGUGCUGAUUAGAUCAGGUUCAUUUUGGGUUAAAUAAUGUGUAACACCUCUCAAUUAGGUAUUUGGAAAUCAAUCAAUCAUGUAAAUGUACAACUUGAAUAUUUAUAUACUUGGGUAAAUUUGAACAUGGCAGAUUUUGAGAGCAAAUGCAUAAGUUUAAAAACAUCCUGAGAAUAAACUUUUUUCCCAAUUAAUGGAAGCCAAGCCACAUGGGGAUAGAGUAGUCAUUUCCCAUUUCCUGGUCAAAAAAUAUUGCCUGAUUCUCAUUGGCAAAGGGAAUUAAAAAAGGAACAAGGUUUCUAUAACCCCAAGUUCCAAUCCAUGUUACAAGAUUUUUGUAGGAAGGAAUUUAUAAACUUUAUAAAUUAGAAUUAGAGUCUCCACAGAUUCAACCCAAAGUUCAGAGCUUUUAGUGAAUUACUUAUUGGCAAGAGAAAGCUCUUUUCCAGCAAGCUAAAUGGAACUUUAUAAAUUACCUUGCUUGUGGUAUUUUUCAUAAGCUAAAAUCACUUGUGUGUUCAGUUUGUUAGUAGUAAUAGCACUGUGCAUGGUCUCUAUUGCUGCAGGAAUAGAGGAAAUAGGUAGAUUUGGCUUCUCUUUCCAUAAGCAAGCAACUCAUGAUUGGGAUGAGUUGCUUGCUUAUGGAAAGGAGGAGAAGGGGACGACAGACAAUGAGACGGUUGGAUGGCAUCACUGACUUA